AGCAUUUGUGUUGACAAUGAACGAGAGGUUAUGAACUCCAUGAUAAUUAUUUUAGGAGGAGAUCAUUCUUCAAGGAGACAAAAAAGAGAGGAGAGAAGUGUAAAGAAUAAUCUGAAUUAUAUUUAUAAUGAGCCAAAAAAAUUUUGUGAUUCUCCCUGGAAUUCUACCCUGGAGAUAAUUCCAGUUAUAAAAAAUGACGCACAACGGUGGGAUCCGAUGGCGAAAAAAUCUGUACGAGAAUCGUGACCUGCCGGACAACUACACGGACAGCAGUUUCCUGGAGGAGCUGGAGAAGAACAUAAAACCGAACAAUGUGACAACAAUUGAGGCGAUAACCCUGGGCUCCAGUAUAUCAAUUCAACUAAGUAUCGUAAUCCUCUUCGUGAUGGUCUUCAUCUGGCUUAACAACGAGUGGACAACCCCCGACAUAAUCUUCACGUCAUCAGCUGGUCUGACAGUUUUCGGAUACUUCUCCCACACCCUGAAGCUCCCAGACAUGCCAGACAAGAUAUCCAAGGACAUAAGAACAGCUCUGAUCUUCCUGGCCUUUGGCUACAUUCUCUCUCCAGUCCUGAAGACACUGACAGAGACUGUCAGCACCGACACGAUAUACGCCAUGACGAUUUUCAUGUUUCUCGUUCACCUGAUCUUUUCCAAGUAUGGAUCCCCCCAGGUGUCCCUGUCAGACUCGCUGUCAAUAACUUCCUCGAUCUUUGGAUCUCUGAUGUUAGCCUCAAGACUAGCCUCGCCUCUUCAUGCCUUUUCAUUGCUGACUGUUGCUGUUCAGUGCUUUGUACUCCUCCCAUUUUUACUCUCAAAAAUCGAGAACAAGACGGUGAUAUCGAUUCUCCUCACAGCAAGCACUGUCUACCUCCUGGGGAUCAUCUCACCGACUUUGACCUGCGUUUUCGUCGCUGUCACGAUAUUUGUACACGUUAUUUGUCCACUGUGGUACAUACGCUGGCAGAAAUACAAGGACAACAUCUACGGGCCCUGGGACGAAGCUGUCAUCAAAUGAAUCUGGGGAUUUGGUGUUAAACUAGAUAUCCAGGUAAAAUUUAAUCAGUUUUGUAUUUUUUUACAUCUGUUUUCCGAAGUCGAUGGAAAUAUUCGUCAUAAUUAACAAGAUGUUCUUAAAAAAAACUGGUGUGCUCUCAAUUGAAAUAACUGGACCGUUGAAGUUACCAUUUGAUACUGUAAAUUGAUCACUGAAUUAUUUAUUUAUCAAUAAAAAACCUCCCAGACAAUUG